AUGGAGCCUCUCCCCGUCGGCGACGGCGGCUCGGCGGAGCGGUGGCGCGCGGAGGCGGCGCGGGCGUUCCAGCACUACCUGGACCGCGCGGCGCCGCACACGGCGGGGCGGUGGGCGGGCACGCUCGUGGCCGCGGCGGUGUACGCGCUGCGGGUCUACUAUGUGCGGGGCUUCUACGUCGUCACCUACGGGCUGGGCAUCUACCUACUCAACCUCCUCAUUGGCUUCCUCUCCCCCAUGGUCGACCCGGAGCUCGAGGCGCUCGAGGCCGGGCCCGGGCUCCCCACCCGCGGCUCAGACGAGUUUAAGCCCUUCAUCCGCCGCCUCCCCGAGUUCAAGUUCUGGUAUGCCAUCACAAAAGCCUUUUGCAUUGCUUUUGUCAUGACCUUCUUCUCUGUAUUCGAUGUUCCUGUCUUCUGGCCAAUACUUCUCUGCUAUUGGAUUGUGCUCUUUGUCCUGACAAUGAAGCGGCAGAUUGUGCAUAUGAUCAAGUACAAGUAUGUCCCGUUCAGCAUUGGAAAGCAGGCAGUUGCUGGAGCCCAACGUGCGGUCCACGACGAUCAGCUCUCACAGACCCUCAGUUUUGACAGUGGCUCACCAGCCAGCCCUCCUUGUAAGGACCGUGGACGCUGCAGAAUUUGGACCAAGAAAAGCUCAGGCUCAUCGGCACCCAGUGACCGACGACGAGGAGGAACCGGGGGCAAGAGGCAAGCUGCAAUGGCGACGAGGAGCACGGCGGUGAGGGCUGUCCCGCUGUGCCUGUGGCUCGCGCUCGGCGUGGCCACCCUGACGCUGCCCCAGGCACAUGCAGCAGAGGCAGACGCGGACCUCACCAAGAUCACCAGCAAGGUCUUCUUUGACAUCCAAAUCGACGGCAAGCCCACAGGCCGGAUCGUGCUGGGACUUUUUGGGGACACUGUUCCUAAAACAACAGAGAAUUUCCGAGCUCUUUGCACAGGGGAGAGAGGAAUGGCCAAGUCCGGCAAGCCUCUGUGCUACAAGGGAUCCACAUUCCACGGGAUCAUCGCGGGCUUCAUGAUCCAAGGAGGCGAUUUCACAAACGGCAACGGAACGGGGACCGAAUCCAUCUAUGGCAGCACGAUCUUCCCUGACGAGAACUUCAAGCUCAAUCUCAGUGAAGCCGGUCCUAGAUUAGAAUAG